CGGCACGAACGAACAGCGGAGUAAAAAUUUUCGCUGUGCGAUUAUUUAUAAAAAAAAUUGCUUAAAAACUUACGAAAAAGUUAUUAAAUUAUUUAACGCAAUGGCCUGCAACGCAAGUAAGACGCACCUCUUGCGCGCUAUCGCUAAACGGGGCUAUGCCACCUGCCCACGCCCCGUGGGCGACACCUCCGCCGUCAGUGUGAAUGUUCUCGAGAACAAAUUGGUUGUGGCCACAGCUGAUGCCACCGUUCCCGUCUCGCGUGUGUCCGUCGUGUUGGGAGCUGGUUCCCGCAACGAGGCCUACGAUACUCAGGGCGCCUCCCAUCUGCUCCGCUUGGCUGGAGGAUUGAGCACCCAGAACUCGUCUGCCUUCGCUAUUGCCCGUAACAUUCAGCAGGUUGGCGGUACCUUGACCACCUGGGGCGAUCGCGAGGUUGUCGGCUACACCGUGGAGACCACAGCCGACAAUGUGGAGGUCGGUCUGCGCUACCUUCAGGAUCUGUUGCAGCCAGCCUUCAAGCCCUGGGAGCUGAAGGACAAUGCCAAGACUCUGCACAACCAGCUGGAUGCUGUCACCCGAGAGCAACGCGCCAUUGAGCUGGUCCACAAGGCCGCCUUCCGUUCCGGCCUGGGCAACUCCAUCUACAUCCCCAGGUUCCAGCUGAGCAACCUUUCCACCGAAAGCCUGCUGCACUACGUAGCCAACACCUUUUCGGCCAGUCGCGCUGCCGUUGUUGGCGUGGGUAUUGACAACAACACUCUGUCGGGCUUCGCCCAGACCCUGGAGUUCCCGAGCGGCGGUGGAAAGGCUGCAUCGGCCAACUACUUUGGAGGCGAUGCCCGCAAGGACACGACAGGACAACGCGCCACUGUCGCCGUUGCUGGUCUGGGAGGUUCCAUUGCCAACCACAAGGAGGCUCUUGCCUUUGCCGUGCUGGAGCAGGCUGUGGGCGCUGGUGCGGCCACCAAGCGCGGAAACUCUUCGGGACUGUUUGGCGAGGCUGCCAACUGUGCUGGCGGCUCGAGCCCCAGCUCUGUCAGGGCUCUGAAUGCCAGCUAUUCGGAUGCCGGACUCUUUGGCUUCGUUGUGUCCGGCGACGCCAAGGACAUUGGCAAGACCGUCGAGUUCCUGGUUCGCGGCUUGAAGUCUGGUUCGGUCUCGGAAAAGGAUGUGGCCCGUGGCAAGGCCCUGCUGAAGGCCCGCAUCAUCUCGAAGUAUUCCUCCGAUGGUGGUCUGAUCAAGGCGAUCGGUCGCCAGGCGGCGCUCAGCAGAAAUGUCUUGGAGGCCGACACUUUGAUUGCUGCCAUCGAUGGCAUUUCCCAGCAGCAGGUCCAGGAGGCUGCCAAGAAGGUGGCCGGCUCGAAGCUUUCGGUCGGUGCCAUUGGCAAUCUGGCGAACGUGCCCUACGCUUCUGAUUUGGCUUAAGUAGAACAAAACUCCUUUGUUAUCCGUAAAUGUAACGACAAAAUAAACCUGUUGGAACUUCCGAUCCGCGACAA